UGUCUUUGUUUUGCAUUUGCCCUAGGUUGUUUUUUUGCUUAAUGCUAGGAGCUCAAGAUUAAGUGUUUGCAUGCAUGCCUAAUUGGGUUUGAUUAAUAUUAAUCAAGGACGAUCGAAAGUGAUGAUGAGUUGGAUGAAGUUGGACGAGGAUCUUGGUCCCGAUCGUGGGGAUGACAACUUCCACACAGAUGAUGAAGAAAACCAAGCACACAGGUCUUGUGAGCAAUAUGAAGCCGAUACUGAAUCCGAUAUCGUUAGAGCUCCCUCAAGAAAUCUGUCCCAAAACUCCAUUGAUGUUAAUACGAAUGCAUGGCCUCAAAGCUACUGGCAAUCGAUUGACAUGUACACAAGUGUGACGCCUCCUUCCCUGGGGUUCCUAGGCGCGGCGAGUUUGAAUUCUUUGUCUACACUUGACAAGCGGCACUCAAUAUCUGAUUCUGAUUCAAGCACCACAAGGCUACUCAUUUCUCAAACCAGUUUGGACAAAGAAGUGCCCCCCUCACCUUCCCAAGCUGCCAAAUCCUCCAUCUACUCUUCCUGCGCCUCAAAAGGCUCCCUCCCCGAAUUGCCCCCACCCAAGGAACGCUGCUGUUCAUUUUCCCAAGCUGUACUCAAUGGAACCAAUGUUCUAUGUGGGAUAGGACUUCUUACAACCCCAUAUGCAAUAAAAGAAGGAGGGUGGUUGAGCCUUAUACUACUUGCUUUAUAUGGUGUCAUCUGUUGCUAUACUGGAAUUUUGUUGAAGAGAUGCUUAGAAAGCUGUCCCGGGCUCCGAACCUACCCGGAUAUUGGCCAGGCUGCUUUUGGCUCCACUGGUCGUUUUUUCUUAUCUAUAAUAUUGUAUCUAGAACUAUAUGGUGCUUGUGUGGAGUUUUUGACCAUGAUGAGUGAUAACUUGGCCUCAGUAUUCCCAGACACCCAAAUGACACUUGGUGGAAUCCAUCUUGAUAGCCAUCAUAUCUUUGGCAUCACAGCAACUCUUGUAAUUCUUCCAACUGUAUGGCUUCAAAACCUUAGUUUGCUCUCUUACCUCUCAGUUGGAGGAGUGGUUGCAUCAAUCCUUGUGGCCCUUUGCUUGCUGUGGGUUGGGGUGGUGAACCAAGUUGGAUUUCAUCACAGAGGACCAGCUUUAAACCUUUCAGAUAUAUCUGUCACAAUUGGUAUCUAUGGCUUUGGCUUCGCCGGCCAUUCGGUCUUCCCAAAUAUCUAUACCUCCAUGAAAGAACCAUCACAAUUUUCAGCAGUUCUAAUAACCAGUGUUACAUUUUGCUUUUUCAUAUACACUGGGGUAGCAGUAUUCGGCUUUCUAAUGUUUGGAGACUCCAUCCAUUCUCAGUUCACUCUAAACAUGCCCACACAGUUUGUUGCUUCCAAAAUUGCAGUCUGGACAACAAUUGUGAACCCAAUGACAAAGUACGCCUUGACAAUGACACCAGUGGCUUUGAGUGUAGAGGAACUUUCAUCAACUUUGGGCGUGGCAAUGAGUUUUCCAUUCUUUGGCUCUGUGAUGGCAUUGAUUGGAUCCUUAGUAGCAAUGCUAGUGGCUGUUGUUUUUCCAUGUGUGUGUUAUCUCAUCCUACUCAGAGGUAGAUUAACUAAACUGCAGAUUGCAACUUGCAUUCUGAUCAUAACUGUGGGGGUGGUGUGUUCUAUUAUUGGAACAUACUCAGCAAUCUCAAGAAUAGCUGAUCAAAUGUAAUUUAACACGUGAUAUUCUAGCCUAAAGCUAAAGGAGGGAGACUGGUCACGUGUCGUUUCGUUAUUGAUUUGUUGCACCAUGUAAUACAACCAUUGUACUGUAGACUUUCAACAAAUAGGAACAAACAACCCAAUAUGUGACAUUCAGCUAGCUUUCUUAUUACACAAAAUUAAAUGAACUUGGUCCUUUAUAUGUUCAAUAAAGGGGGUUCAUUUGGUUCCAACAAGUUAUGUAAUUCACAAGCCAAGCAGGACUUAGCAUGCAUCAAUCCAUUUGUGGAGAAA